AUGUUUAAUUUGGUUUCAGUUCUGGGAGCACAAACUGGCGCUGCAAACACCGGCAACGCCUUGGCGGAAAGCACGACCAGAGGUCCACAUUUUGAUGCAGGAGCAUCCAAAAACGUCACCGCAUUACUUGGAAAGACUGCUUAUCUCAAUUGUCGAGUUAAGAACUUAGCUAAUAGAACAGUGUCGUGGGUGAGGCACCGAGACGUCCACCUCCUCACCGUCGGCAGAUACACGUACACCAGCGACCAGAGGUUUCGGGCCAUCCAUCAACCACACUCUGAGGAUUGGACUCUCCAAAUCAAAUAUCCCCAGCACAGGGAUUCGGGGGUUUACGAAUGCCAAGUGUCGUCGACGCCGCAUCUCUCACAUUUCAUUCAUCUUACUGUCAUAGAACCAGAUACAGAAAUCGUGGGCGGGCCUGAGUUGUUCAUCGAUCGUGGUAGCACUAUUAACCUCACCUGCGUCGUUCGACACAGUCCCGAGCCGCCAGCCUUCAUAUUCUGGAACCACAACGAUGCUAUAAUUAGUUACACGAGUUCUAGAGGUGGCGUUAGCGUCUCAACUGAAAGAGGUGAAACAAGUAGAAGCGUUCUUUUGAUCCAAAAAGCCAAACCAUCGGACUCAGGAAACUAUCAGUGUAACCCUUCCAAUGCCAGGUCGGCUAAUGUGACUGUACAUGUACUAAACGGUGAACACCCGGAAGCGAUGCAACAUGGAGGCAAUCAGAGAAUGGGCCCCUCUUUGGGCGCGUUGGCAUUCAUUUCGUAUGUUUUGUUGGCUUACUGUUAACUUUUAGACUCUCUAGUCGUCUAACGCUAACGACAACGGUGUCUGUCGACAAUGUACGUGUUAAUACUUAACAUUUGAGAUGUAUUACUCCUCUCACGUCACGUGGUGUUCACUAUCAGAGCAUUUCCUGUAGACUACGUCCCUAGAACACAAGCAGUUUGCGAUGUUUUUGUGAUGGUGCGUCUCUGCCCAAGUAGUUGAGCCAGUAAAUUACAUUCAGUAAAGUUACCUCAUACUUUUUCAUGUAAAAAUGAAUGAGACAGAUUCAAAAGCACAUUUUUAAGAUAUUGUGAAGUGAUUAGUUAUCUAAUAAUGAUUUACAACUAUUUUCUAAUUUUACACUAUUUUCUUUAGUUUUUAAUUGAUGUACAAUUAUAACACGAAAUAAAUUCAUACGGAAAGAGGUGCUAGACCAAAUACGUCAGACGCAAAAGAAUGUAAGCGCAUGUAGUCGUUGGGUAGGAUGGGACUUAUCGAUUUCGUUCAACUCGCCAAAUCAACGGACUUAGGAAUACGUUCAGCUCACCAGUUCCGAUAGGUAGGUAGAUAUUCUCCGUUCAACACACCGAGAAUGACCACUAGUGGAUUUCUCUUCGGUCUUUUGUACCGCCAGAGAUGGUAUGAGAACAUGUUUUGUUGAAUAUAUAGACAUAUUCUAGAAUUCUAGACGAUAAGAGUGAUUAUUAACGUCGCAAUACAAAAUAAUUAUAAUUAUUUUCUUUAAUCUUGAGUCUAUUAUUACUAAUAGAGGACUUACUUCUUAUAUUCUUUUGCCAGUGGCAAAGUAAUUUAUUAGUUUUUUUGCCACUGCACAUUCUAUUGACACCGGCAGGACUACUUGGGCCAGCUGUAACUGUUACAAGCAAAUAGAGACUGUACAUUAUAGAUCAAUGGCUCUAGUUUGUGUAUAUUAAAAGUUGACCUAAUCAUUUAUUGAACAUUGCCAAAUUUUGUUAGUUUAAUAUAAAAAAAUGUGAAAUUUUUUAAAUAAAUUAAUCUCCGGUAUUAAAUUAAAAAAAGUUGACAUAGUAAAACAAUAAUUUGGUCUUUAAAAAGAUUUGAAAUGCGUAUUAUACAAUUAAAGAGGUGCUACUAUAGUAUGCGGUCUACCCUGAGGAUGCGGUCUACAUGUGCAUUUAAGUCUAUUAUUAUAGUGGGGGAGGAGAGUAUGCUAAAUUUGCAGUUACGCCAUCUAUCCAUAAUUUAAAAAAAUGUUUCGAAUAAAAGGAAUUUUAUUUUUACGUAAGGAAUCUAAAUCUGCAAUAAAAAAUGAACGCUCCUAUUUAAGAUUUUAAAGUAGGCCCCCACCUCACCUCCGUGGGAGUCGUGUUUGGUGUCAUUCGAUAGAUUUUUUAAAAAUAUUGAACACAUGUAUUUUCCAGUUUUUUGAUCUUAUGUUCAUUUCGCGAAAGUUCGCGGGGUUCGUAAUUAAAAUUUUAAAUUGACAUCCAACCCUUUCCGGGGGGUCGUGUUUGGUAUCAUUCGAUAGAAUUUUCAAAAAUAAUGAACACGUAGUUUUUAGUUUUUUGAUCUGACGUUCAUUUCGUGAAAUAUUUGCUUUUUUUGUGAAGUUUUUCUAAGGAUAGACUUUUUUCGGACCCCCCUAAACGAACCCCCUUGUAUUAAGAGCCAAUAUAUGGUAGAGGUACAUUUACAGGGUACAAGCUUUCUAUAAAUGUUAUAAUCGGACGCGCUCGAGUAACUGCAAAAAUCCCCGCUUGGCCUCCCCUACCAUUAGUGUGCAGUGUACCGAUUGCAAUCUGAAAAUUCCUGAAGGAUUUGUGCAAAAUAAUGAAAUCCAAGAAAAAUCUUGCAGAAAAAAAUAUUUAUUCAUAAGUAAUAAUAAACAUAGGGCCGGCGUAGCUAAGCGGUAGUGUGCUUGGCUCGCUUGCCGGUGGUCCGGAGUUCAAAUCCUACCGCCGGCAAGAACAACUAGACAUUUUUAAAAUGUUUAUAGACCCCAGGUCGACUCAGCCUGAAUAAAAUGAGUACCUUGGGUAAAACCAGGAGUAAUAAUAGGCAGUUAAGGCGUAGCACUGGCCCUGUUACCUUCCUUGUAUACUGUAGGCCCUAGAUAUAUCAGACUACCCUGCUAUAAUCCCAAAGCCACGUGAGCGGUAUAAAACGGGAGAUUAUUAUUAAUAAUAAACAUUUGGAGGAAAAUAAAUGUAAAAUGAAAAAAAUGCACUUCAAAUAUUUACAAAAAAAAUUAUUAUAUAUAACCUAUUUAUUUACAAAACGAUACAGCCUAAUUGUUAUUAUAGUCAUAAUUUAUGCACCUUAAUUUAAGAGAGAAAGGCAGUCAAUGGUUCUAGCUUAAAAAAGUCAUGCAGGCACCCUAAUCAAGAAGAUUAUGGGGUUAUUUAUAUAAUAGUAAAGAAAUAAGUUUAUUAUAAUAAUAUAUUCAUGGAAAUGUCACUUACUAUUUAGCAAUAAACAUUUUGCCUACGAGCGGUUUACUGCCUUUCAUUAUUGUAUGCAAACCCGUCUGAGAAAAGAUGAUGGUGUUGUAUAGCCGCACAGGUAGACCGCAAGCUAUAGAAGGAACGCGGCGGCAAACCGCAUAAUAUAGUGGCACCAUUAAAAAUUUAUUGGCGUUAAAACUGAAGAUUUUUGUGAUUUGUUUAAAUUGUAAGAACUAUUGUAAAUAUUUUGUAUUAAGAAACGCGCUAUCUUUGUGUAAAAUAAUCAUCUUCGAUCUAUGUUACUUAAAAUUGUACUAUGUGUAAUAUAGAUAGUGCGUUAAAAAUAUAUCUUUUGUAUGUAGUA